CUUAACUUUCCCUCUCCCACUCCCACUCUCUCUCACAUCUGGAGGGUAUCUGGUGUGGCUGUGCGACUUCUCGCCUGCUAUGGGACAGCCUGUGUUUGGACUGGACGUCAGACUUCAGUGCGUUUCAGCAAACGUUCGGAAAGGGAGAGCUCAGCAGUGGACAUGGCCUUUCCCAAGCAUUCCAUCCUGCAGGCUCUGAGUGUGCUGCUCUUGGCCUGCGUGUUGGUGCGUUGCCAGGCCCCUCUUGAACCAGAGGAAGAGGAGGAGGAAGAGCGAGUAAAGGAGGCCGACAUCACAACAGUGCUGACAAAAAGUGAGCAGAUCGAAUGUCCACCAAAAUGCACCUGUACAACAGAGGGGGCAGUGGACUGUGCCGGGGUCGACCUCACCGAGUUUCCCGAUAAUCUGUCUGACAAAAUCCGCCAGCUCUCUCUGCAGAACAACAAAAUCGAGGAGGUAACAGUGGGGCACAUUUCUCAUCUGCAUCAGCUUGAGACUCUCAACCUUCAGAACAACUGGCUCACCACAGAUGGCCUUGAAGAUGAAGGUUUUGAGAUGCUCGAACAGCUGGCUUAUUUAUACUUGGCAAAUAACAAGCUCGCCUCAGCGCCAAAGGUCCUACCACCCUCUUUGGUUAGUGCUGACUUUGCUGCUAAUCACCUUGCAAGGAUCUAUCCGUACACAUUUGGCCAAAAACCAAAACUGAGGUCUGUGUAUCUCCACAACAACAAGCUAACUGAUGUGGGGCUUCCUGAUGACAUGUUCAAUGGUUCCAUCUCCCUGGAGAUUCUCACCAUGUCCAGCAACUUCCUGCGUGUUGUACCCAAGAACCUGCCUGCCAGCCUUUACCGUCUUCAUUUGAAGAAUAACAAGCUGGAGAAAAUCCCAGCAGGGGCUUUUGACAAGUUGCGAAACCUCAGAGAGCUGUAUCUACAGAGCAACCUCCUCAGCAAUGAGGGCAUGGACAACGAGACUUUCAGCCAACUGAGCAGCCUGGAGUGUCUGGACUUGUCAAAUAACAACCUGAGCGUUGUCCCCAAGGGUCUGCCUCGCAAUCUAGUGCUGCUACACCUGGAGAAGAACUCCAUCCGCAGCAUCCCUGGAGACGCUCUUACUUCUGUCCGAAACCUUGAGUACCUGAUCCUCCACAAUAACAAGCUCCGCGCACGUUCCAUCCACCCAGCUGCUUUCCAUGGCUUGAAGAAACUACACACUCUCCACAUGUACAACAACUUGCUGGAGAGGGUUCCCAGGGGUCUGCCUCGGCGGGCUAAGACUCUAAUGCUGCUCCACAACUCCAUAGCUGAAAUUGGCCGCAAUGACCUUAACCUGCUGUACACACUGACAGAGCUCAACCUCAGCUACAACCAGCUGACCAGCCCCAAAGUGCACCGUGAGGCAUUCAGGAAGCUGCGUUUGUUGCAAACCCUAGACCUGUCAGGGAACGGCCUUCAUUCGAUGCCCCUGGGUCUUCCUCGCAGCUUACAGGUGCUCGAAAUCAAGAACAACCAGCUGACCUCCAUACCAGACAGGGCACUGACAGGCAUGGAGAAUCUCCAAAAGCUCAUCCUAAGUGAUAACCAUCUGAAACUAAACUCAAUCUACCAGGGAGCCUGGAUGGAGCUAAGUGCGCUCACUACGCUAGACCUGUCUGGCAACCAGCUGUCACACAUCCCCUCUGACCUGCCUGAGUCUCUGGAGUACCUUUACUUGCAAAGUAACCGCAUCUCCAGUAUCUCUGCUUCAGCGUUUGAAGGCACUCCGAACAUCAAAGGCAUCUUCCUCCGGUUUAACCGUGUGUCUUUGGAAUCUGUGGACGAGAGUACUUUGGCAUACCUGUCCAAAAUCCUGGACAUCGCUACAGAAAACAGUGAACUCUCCUUUAAAAGAGACGACAUGGAUGGUGACAAGAUGAUGGAGGAGGAGCAGGAAACAUAAGACACACUCAGUUGAACUGACAUUGGACUGCACUGUGUCAAGGACAGCAAGGGCUUUUAAAUGGGAAUGAACCUGUGAAUGUCAUUUCCCAGGUCCAUUAUUGUGCUGUCAGUGGCAGAGUCACAUAUUUCUGGUGCAGGAUACCAGAUGAAGUUACUUUAGUUUCCUUUUUGUGGGCUGGUUAGAAUUGCAUAUCUUUAUAUCUGAGCUUUAAUAUUUGUUUAUGACUGUUGACAUGUAAUGUCCAUCAUCUAAAUGGUGUUUUUCUGCUUUAUUCUAUAAAAUGCAUUCACAAAACUCACUGUGAAUUUUCCCAUGUAAAUGUUUCAGAAUUAAUGCCAAAAAUUUAAGCAGAGUGAAAAAGGACAGAUGUUCACACUGUGUGUGUCUUUCUCUGCUUUAUGUCAUUUUGUUAAUCACUACCUUGUCCACCUGCCUUAAAUAAGUGAUUUUACUAGAAAUACUGUGAAAGAAUUUGUGUUUGUAACACCAAGGGUAACAAAAGAAGCAAUCUGACUCCCACUGAAACCAACAAAAGCAUUAUUUGUAGGUCUGGCCAUCAGUUCAGAUCAGUUAUGAUAUUAAUGCAUGCACCAAAGUUAUUCCUGAGAUCUGGGAACGCAGCGACAUAUCUACAACACAAACUGAUGAGGCAAGAAAUGUGUACGUCUCACACAUCCAUCUCAGUUUUAGGGCAGAUUUUCUGAUUUAACUUUGGCCUUUCUGGUGGCUGUGCACGCAGUUUUCCUGUGAAAUUAAAGAUCAUUUCCAUCA